AAACAUUUUACACCAUAUAAUUUACUCUCUGUUUUAGAUUUCUGAAGCAUUUUGUAAUCAAGAUUUUGAAAUAAAUAAUAGUAUGGCUGGUGGUGGAGCAUCGAAUAAGUCUUCGAAUGGUGGUGGACCUACUAGAGUGAGGAAGAGGGUAGAAGUUGAAUCUACUGCUGCUGCUGCUAGUCUUAAACGUGCUAAGGAUGGCAGUGCUUUUGCUCGUUGUGAAGAAUGCAGCAAAGAUGUACCCAUAGCAUUGAUUAGCUUCCACAAUUGUAGCCUUGAUGCAAAAAUCAAGAUGAACUUGGAGGCUCAAGUUGUGGAAAAUCAAACUGAAGUGAAGAAACCAGCAGCAAAGAGCAAGGAGAAAUCAACAGAGCCAAAGGCUAAAAGGGAAAAGAAACCCAAGAAUCCAAAUGCUCCAAAACGUCCUCCUACUGCUUUCUUUGUGUUCAUGGAUGAUUUUAGACAGACAUUUAAGGCUGCAAAUCCUGAUUGCAAGAGUGUCUCCACGGUUGCUAAGGAGGGUGGUGAGAAAUGGAAGUCCAUGACUGAUGAGGAGAAAAAGCCAUAUCAGGACAAGGCUGCAGAGCUCAAAGCAGCAUAUGAAAAGGCGUUGAAGUCCAACACUGAUGCUGAUAAUGCCAAUGAUGAAGAUGAGGAGCUUGAGAAGGAAGUGAAGGAAGAGGUAGUAGUAGAUGAGGAGGUGAAGGAAGAGAUAGAAGUAGAUGAGGAAUAGAGCUGUUGGUUUUUGAACUGGUGUAACUUUCUUCAAGAUUCUUGAAUUGACUAGUUUUGAGGGCUUAUGUAAAUUUUUGAUCAAUUGUCAACUUAGUUUCUACUUGAAGUAGUAAUAUAUGGAAAUUUAUGGUUUA